UCGUGCAAGAGUGUCAGGUGUCAGACUGACAUGUAACUUAAAAAUGGCUGCUGUACACAAACUUGCCCGGUUUAUUCCACGAACGAAAUAUUUAAAUAAUAAUAACUAUUAUGCGAGCAAGAACCUACGAUCGUUUUGCACGAUGGUGCAACAGCCGCAAAAAGCGCAGAGCUUAGUGAAAAUCGGUUUGCUCGGCGCGGUUACCGGCGUUGCUGUGGGUGCAGGUUAUGCCUAUCACAAAAUCAACAAAACUCGAGAAAAUAUCGCUCUGGAAGGAACGCAGGCGGAAGUUACGCUGUUGAAAUAUAAACCACCUGUCACACCGUCCAGAAAAGUUAUAUCUCCAGUAGACUCUACAAGUUUAAAUGUCACGUUAUUUCAGUAUCAAACCUGUCCGUUUUGUUGUAAAGUUAGAGUUUUCUUAGAUUACUAUGGAAUAUCUUAUGAUGUUGUGGAAGUAGAUCCGGUACUCCGUAAAGAGAUUGGAUGGUCCUCUUACAAAAAAGUUCCAAUCCUCUUGACUAAAGUAGAAGGAGGCUAUCAACCCCUAAACGACAGUUCCAUGAUAAUAUCUCUUCUUGCAUCUUAUUUACACGAUACAUCUCAUAAGGUUGAGGAAUUGUCAAACUAUUACCCAAGUGUAGGGAUGCAUGAUGAACAAGGAAAUUUUAAAUACGAAACCAUAAAUAAGUACUUUCUCAUGUUUAACACAAAUCUUCCAAAGGACAAAACGAUGAAUGAUAUAACCGAAGAACGUAAGUGGAGGAAAUGGGCAGAUGAAGUGUUUGUUCACACUCUUUCGCCAAAUGUAUAUAGAACGAUUGAUGAAUCCUAUAGAACUUUCGACUGGUUUUCAGAAGUCGGCAAAUGGGAGGAAUAUUUUCCGUCAUGGGAGCGGAUGUUAAUAAUAAACGUAGGUGCGAUGGCAAUGUGGUUGAUAGGAAAAAGACUCAAGAAAAGACACCGUUUAAAGGAUGAUGUUCGACAGUCGUUGUAUGACGAGGCAAAUUAUUGGUUGCAUAACAUCCACGCGCGAGGCACCGCUUUUAUGGGUGGCAGCAAGCCCGAUCUAUCCGAUCUUGCGGUGUACGGGAUCUUGAAGAGUAUCGAAGGCUGCGACGCUUUUCAAGAUCUACUAACUCAUACGAAAAUCGGCGGUUGGUACAACGCUGUGAAAGAACAAGUUGAUACACAUUCUGGUAGUGCGAAUUUAAGAUAAGAGUUUUUACGUGAUAUAUAUACAUAUAUCAACCAAUUGCGCCUGGUGUGUAUAGAAUUAUUUAUUUACACAAUAAAUGAUACUUAAUAAAUAAUUUAA